UUCUAGUUCAAUGCGCGAAAUAUGAAGAGGUGCGAUUUUCCGACGGAUACUUUAUGAUUGAAUACUCGACGUGUGCAUCAUGAGCCUUGAUCCGAGCUCGUUUCCGAGAUCGAACUCCCCCGCAAGCUCCGAUAGCUCUCUUGCGCGAUCCCGCUUACGAGGCAAAGAAGAGCACCUAAAGAAGGAUAAGAAUUACCGUCGUUAUGCGUCGAGCGUCGAACGAGCCCUCUCUUUAUUCGACACGGCGUUGCAGGAAUGGGCGGACUAUAUCUCUUUCCUAAGCCGGCUUCUGAAGGCCCUUCAGUCCCACCCUCCUGACCUACCGAUCGUCCCUCACAAGGUUCUCGUCUCGAAACGUCUCGCGCAAUGCCUAAAUCCUUCGUUGCCGUCUGGUGUCCAUCAGAAGGCACUUGAAGUAUAUACAUAUGUCUUUGGUUUGAUCAAGCUAGAAGGACUAUCGCACGAUCUGCCGUUGUAUCUGCCCGGCAUUGCGCCUACCUUAGCAUUCGCUUCACUUACCGUCCGCCCUUUAUUUUUAAACUUAGUAGAGACAUAUAUUUGUGGCCUGGAGCCAUGGGCUAUCAGACCCGCCUUGAAGGCGAUCAUCCUAGCCCUUCUACCCGGACUUGAAGAAGAAACCAGCGAUGACUUUGACCCAACUCUCCGGCUUAUCAAUAAGUUUCGCGAUAUCGCUAGUCAGAUGGAUAUACAAAGGCAAGGCGAAGAUGCCAACGCAAGCGGUCAAUACUUUUGGCAAUGCCUCUUCCUCGCGUCAAUCACUAGUCCGAGUAGGCGUUCAGGAGUGCUGGCUUAUCUGAAUCGCUAUCUCCCAAAGCUAGGUGUUACGGAUCGAAGACCAAGCAAAAGCAGCAGCAACGAUUCCAACGAUAUGCCACUUGGGAUGCAGAUGGCAGCAAAUUCAGUUGUCUCCCCGGAGCCUGGUUUACUUAUUCGUUGUUUUGCAUCCGGGUUGACCGACGAGCAAGUCCUUGUCCAGCGAAACUUUCUCGAUUUGCUUGUGACGCAUCUGCCACUCAGCUCGCCUAUUUUGCAAUCUAGGAUCACGGACGAUGACCUCCAAAGGUUACUCAUUGCAGCUGUGGGUGUUGUGGCUCGAAGAGAUAUGAGUUUGAAUCGGAGAUUAUGGGCUUGGCUUUUAGGGCCCGACCCUGUGAAUGACCGAACCUCUUUCGAAGCUCGGAACUCGAUAUCAGAAAAUGCAGAUGCAUCCACCACUAGUGAUCAAGAACUUUCACAGUCCGAAUACUUCCGCCAGUUUGGACUGGAACCACUGGUGAGAGGUCUCCUAGAGAUGAUCGGACAGAAAACCGCAGUGCCCUCCGAGAAGACAAGGCCCUUCAGGAUAUCGCUGUCCUUGAUGGACCGAUGGGAAGUUGGUGGGCACAUAGUCACUGCAGUCUUUCUCCCCAUUAUCCGAAACGUUCAAGCUUUCGAGAAAGUAGCCUCCAAAAGCCACUUUGAUGAGGUUUUUCGCAGUGCCAGCGCCUUUUUUGACGGUGUGGAGAGCGGAGUAAUUUUCUCGGAACUGCUCAAGCUGGUAGAUUGGGUACCGGAGAGCCUUGAUCGCGAAAAUGGUCAGGUAAUGGAUAACCUUAAACUCGCUCAAUUCAUUGUGGAAAAUUUCAACGUGCGAGAGGAGGACAUGAUUUUGAACCAUAUCCCACUGCUGACCCUCUCGGUCCUUAUUAAGAUGAAUGAGCUCUCUCCGAAAAAGCAUCCCAAAGUUGCACAUGAUCAACUAAGACUUGUGUCGCAUGGACUCUUCAAAGUGAUGAACUCACUGACGGGCCUACUUACAGAAAGGGCUUUCUCCAAGAAGUUAGCCUCUGAAAAGAUAAUCAAAAGCUAUCAGACUGGUGACCUCAAUAUGCCCGAAGUUCUAGAGAAGAUCCAUGGCUUCUAUAAGCAAAGCACCAGCAGCCUUGACCCCCCUCCAUUACCCUUCGCUUCUAAACAACUUGCGGAGCUGAUAAUUGACAAAGCAUACGAACUCGUGUUAUCAGCACUUGCGGGUGAUAACGGCAUCGCAUCUAUACAGGAGAACGUAAAUCUUCUCAUUGUACUGCUGAAGAAGCUUCCCAGGUCACGCAUAACGCGCGACAGACGGCUUUAUCUUGCCAUCUGUAACCACGUCAGUGCGAAUCAUGCCGAGCAGUCUACUGCCACUUUCUCGGCUGUCUCAUCAAUUGCCACUGGUGUCACCAAUUUAUAUUCUAUUCAAAGUCCCGGGUUUUAUAUCAGCUAUGAAGAUAUUUCCGAUCUUAUCCCGUCACUUGUUAAACAGAUUUGGCAAUAUCUUUCACCAUUGAGCCCAAAGUUUCAUGUGGAAGCGGUUCGCUGCCUGUGGCAUUUGCAUUCAGUCUCAUGGCAUGAUCACCUUGUUGAGGCGUCCAUAACAUCACUGAUGGUCAACUCUUCCAACACGUCACGACACAUGUUAUCGGAGGAACAGGUUGGAAGAUACUUUGUAUUGUGGAAUCACAGCCACCAUGGUACCUAUGAACUUCCGCCGAAGCACGCACAGGAUUCGGCGCUGAUCCAGGUUUCUUACCAAUCCUCCCUGCUUGAACGUCCGCUUUUUAUUGUGUUAGACUCGCUCUCUCAAGCCCCUAAUGAGACCUCCGAGGUGGUCCAGCGUUGGCUCCAGGACCUGCCCUCCGUACACAAGGUCUUCCACAUAGUUGUUUCACGACUGGAUAGUCUUUUCACCCAAGCUGAUCCCUCUGGGGCAAAUCCAACAAGCCUUUCCAUAUCCCCCGAUGAUUUCAAGGAAUGUAGCUAUCUAUUGGAGACGAUUCAUAAUAUCAUAUCAGUCAUCCCCCACAAUGGGUGGGUUACUUUACUGACCCAGGCAUCGGCUCAAGGUGACCGACACCAUGAUGUCUCUGCUUCAGAAGCAGAUAACACCGGGACGCAAACUUUACACUCGACCAUAUUCCACGCCAUCCUAAGAAUUGUUAGUGGACCGAAGAUUACACCACAGACAAACUUCGACGAAGUUAAAUUGCAACAAACAUCCCUGCUUGUCAUGCGUCAACUCCUGCUAGGCCCAGGAGCUGAAGAGGUGGCUGAGUCUGGAAUUGACUCCCUGCUUGUUGACCGACUUUCUGCUAUUCUAGAUGAUGGUGGUAGCGUUACUGUCCAAGGGGCUCUCAUUGACACUCUCCUUGCAGCACUGAAGGUUCGGUUUGCUCAGGCGUACUUACCACAGCCUCCUCCUAGACCAAAACAUCAGAGAGCCAGCUCACGUGAGCGCUUGACAAGUCCCUCUAUUCUGUCAUUUACGAGCGACAAGGCCGAAAAAGUGCCCCCAAUCCCUACCAUGCCACAACCUCCACAGCAGCUCCUAGAAUGUCUUCUCAAGGGUAUCAGCUCUCCAAACUCGAGGGGCAGCGUGGAAAGAUGGACGAUGUUACUCUGUGAAGUGCUUCCACUAUACUCAGGAUCUAUAUUCCAGAUCAUUCUGAUGCUAGUGGAUUGCUUCUGUAAGGAGAUCCAACUUGCGUACACAAAUCUGCAACUUUCAUUCAAGCACACAAAAGGUUGGCCCGAGGAUAGGUCCGAACAUGCCACCAUAGCUCUACUCACCGGUCUUGAAACCUGCAUUGCAACCGCUCAUGAGCGCCUUCUUGUGGACGAAGCAAAUGUCCCCGCCUCUAAGAGCCCAGACCAACCCCAAGGGUUCUUUGGAAAUAUGGUAUCAGGCGUGUUUGCGUCAGACGCCAGUCACGGUCGUUCAACGGCUGCGAAUAAUAGACUUACUGUCUUACUGUGCUUCCAAGAUGCUGUGCGUCUGUGCUUUUCUAUCUGGGCUUGGGGAGCCGUGGAGAAGAGUACUCUUCCGCAAGAUGCUGAGUCUCUGGCAUCCUUCCAAUAUACGUCUUUGCGCAUGAGGAACCGCUCCCGCCGGAUCCUCGAGCAUCUGUUUACAGCAGAGGCCCUUGAAUGCCUUGAGACAUUAGUAGAGAUGUGGACAAAGACGGACAGUAAUACCUCGUCUCUUAUUUUCAGCCUGCUUCAUACUCUGGAUGGGUCUCGACCAAAAAUCGCAAUCCCGGCUAUAUUUAACGCCAUCUAUACCAGGACGAACCCGUCUGCUUUAGACCCCAGUCGUAAAUCUACUCAAUCGUCGACUCUUACAGAAAACGAGUUAGCGGGGUUUUUAGUUACUUAUGCCAGGUCCCUUGAUGACGAUGUUCUCGAUGAGAUUUGGGCAGACUGUACUACCUUUUUGCGUGAUGUUUUGAGCAACCCAUUUCCACACAGACAGAUACUUCCUCGUUUGGUUGAGUUCGCUGCUAUCCUCGGUGCGAAGUUGGAGAACACCAGUUUCGGUGAGGAUCGUCGCAUGAGGAAAGAACUUGGGGAUGUGCUGCUACGUCUGCUCACGGCAAUAUUUACCAGCAAGCCCCUGGGGCUGUCACAAGAGUCGGGCCUGCUGGGUCGAGGCUCUUUAGAGCAUGAUAAUCCGUCGGCGCCUCAUAUCGGACCAGAUGACAUGCUCAGCAUUCUUGCUAGUUCCAUGCCUGCCUUUACAACUACCUUAGGCGAUUCGGAUCGUAUUACUACAGCUGUAUCAGGCAUUUCUACCCAUGUGAUAGGGCCCCUUUUGCGAUCGCGUCUUUUUCCAAACAAUAUCAGCCACAACUUUAUGGCUCUCUUGCAACAUAUCGCAAAGGUUCCGGCUGCCGCAAAGAUAUGGAAGAAAGACAUUGCGGAAGCCUUCAAUGAUCCUAGAUUCUUCAGCUCUCACCUCGAACUUGUGAAGGGUGGAUGGAUGAACCUAUUCCGGCAAUGGGUGCUUGCUGAUAAGGAUCGAUUAUCUGAACUGAUGUCUCGGCUUCCACCCCCGAGCGCUGCGGGCAUCAUGUUUGGUGUGGGAGCGUCUGCUGCCCGCCUAGAUGCCGAUAGGAAGGCCCAAUUGAACCUUCGUAGGAUUACCCUACUUAUAUUGUCCGCGAACAAUGAUUACUUCAUUGGAGAACUACCGGGACUUCUGCAGAAGCUAGAAGAUCUUUUAGGGGCUACUAGUUCAUCAUCGCCGUCAUCUACGACUAGAGCGGAGAUAUUCAUGGUUCUCCGGGCUCUUGCACUGAAGAGUUCCACAACUGCGCUGGCUCCGUUCUGGCCUUUGAUCAACACGGAGCUCCAAGAAGCGAUUGCUGCCGUUCCGCUUGGAUUACAGCAAGAGGUAUACAAUCCAUACGCAUUGUUGCAGGCGUGUAAGCUUCUAGACACGCUACUCGUCCUUGCGCCGGAUGACUUCCAACUACUCGAAUGGCUUUAUGUUACAGAUACGAUUGAUGCUGUCUACCCACCAGAACGCUGGGAGCCUCUGGCCCUUGCAGAUGAGAUUUCACAAAGCUUUGGGACGCGCUCUGCGGCCACAGACGGCCCCAGGGAGUUGAACGAGCUCGGCUAUAGUGUAAAACAGCCGGGUCUAACAGCGGACUGGAUCCGUGAGACGGCGAAAGAUGAACUCAUUGAUCGAAUUCUUCGGCCUUGGUUUGAACAACUCAGCAUCCAUGCUUUCGAGAGCACUUACAGCAUGAGCAGUACGGGCUUGACAACAUCUUACGAUGAUUUGUUGGCGGACUUAUUCAACGAGAGUACCAUGGCAAACUAGGCCUCUCCUUUUCUAACUUUCUAGGCGACCAUGAUGAAAUCUUAUAUGUAAUAUAUCCAGAAAUUGGGUACAGUUUCUUUCAUGUUUAAGAGUAAAAUAGUGUUGCAACCUGUUGUGCAGCUUUGGACCCCUGCG